AUGGCUGACUGUAAUAGUCCUAAGCGUCCUUCUUCUCCUCUCCUCCCUGCCUUUGGCAUCCGCAAUCUCAACGGGCCCGAGGCUCCUCCAGGCCUCAUUCAAAUCACGGGAGGCCAGUACAAGACCACCAUCAAAUCCCAGCCUGAUGCCACCUUGCGAUACUUCGACGACGACGACGGCGAUGUCAUCACCGUUGGAAGUUCACUCGAACUUCGGGAACGCCUUGAUGAUCCUGUGAGACGAUCUUCGCGCUCCUUUCGUUCUACCCUUUCCGAAAAUCAAAUGAUGCACAUAUUCGACAUUCAGAAAUCUGCAGGGAGUCUGGCUGUCUGGAGAGACCAUGAGGCAUACUCAAGCAAGAGCCUGCGAGAGGACUCUGCAUCCAAGGAUGACACUACUGUUUCCUCUGUGUCUGCACCUGUCUCGCCUAUCUCUUUGGAGUUUUGUCCGCCACCAAUUCCUAGCCACUUGAAGUCUGAGGCAAGCGUCCUUGAUGACAGCGAGCAACAGCCGCCUCCUGCCGGGAGAAAAGCCGCCGGCCAUGUUUCCCUGCCUCAUGAACAUUUAACCGUUCAGCUCGAUAAAGUUCUUGAUGAUGUCUUCGGAGGUAUUCAGACUCAACUCGGGCCCCUUGCCGAUUUCCUCGACACAGCUGCCGAUGGUUUGCGAAAGGCAGCAGAAAAGACUGCUGAAUCUGACACAACUGCCGUUGAAAAUGUCUUGACUGGAUUCAUGGGCAUCUGGUCGGAAUUAGGACAAAUGGGCCGCGAGUUUCUCGAAUCCAUCGAUGAGCAAAUCCCAAAAGAGAACGAAACAAAGGAUAAUACAUCCAUAAUCCCAAAAAGUGCCGACGCUACCCAGUUUCCUCCCCAACAGGAAUCGAAUGCGUCCCCAAGAACGGAAACAGCCUCAAAGAGGGUGAGCUUCACAGAGUCGCCAGCGAUCCCUGUUGGGUGCCAUUCCUACACAGCUCCACCUACCCAUCAUGAUGCGAAGAGCACUCUUGGUCCAUUACCCUCUUACAAUGCAGUUGUACAGAAGCCUAUGCUUCUACCCACGAAGCCACCCUUCGAAAAGGCACCUUUCAGACAGAGUCUCUCUGGCAAUUCCACAAAGCACUCUAUCCUCGACUGGGAAACAUCAGACCCCGACUUUUCCACUCGAUACCCUCCUCUACUUUCAUUGCGUAAAGCUAAGAGUGUUAGUGGAAUCCAUGGGAGAGGCCAGUUUCCUUCAUCCUCCGGCGAUAGCCUUCCCGCAGGCUCCGCUUUGAGUCGAUUCCCCAGCAUUAAUCAGUUGGAGCAGCAGAGUAGGUCGCAAGGCAAGCCUCAAGAUGCGUCAUUGAAGCAGGGGAAUGCUUCUUCCUCUGGGUCAACCGGCUCAACUCCUAAGUCAACCACUUACAAGAAACCCGCCGUCGAAGAUACACGCACAGCUGACCCUUUGGAUGCGUCUCCAAGGGAAAUUUCUGUGAAGCAGCUAAAUCUCCCACGUCCAUCUUGGUCCCCAAAAUCACUUCCUGGGUCCUGGCCCGAACCAAAGGGCGGUGAUGCUCAAUCAUCUCAGUGCCAUAUAUCAACCAAACCCAUGUCAUUGCCAAGUCGCCACAUUCAAAUCGCCGAAACCAACGACGAUGCAUUCGUACACCCGUUGCCUGGUCGACUUAGCAGUCCAGUCAGCGAGACAUACUCGAGAGCACCCAUAUUUCCCAGAAGACACCAGACUGUCUCGAGUGCAAAUCCCGCUGCAAGACUCAACGGCCCUUUCGAUCCUCUCGCUAAUUUUCCCGCCCUUCAACCUCGACCCCAGCGAUCACAGCCUGACUUGAAACUCCCACACAAUAUCGGCAAUAACAGACCGACAUUUGAACCAGGACAAAUCCACAUCCCAGGUGCCUUUCCACAGCGUAGCCGCACUGUUCAUCACACAGAAAGAUACAAGCCGCACCCGGGAUUCAACUACCCCAACAACUAUCCGAGUCCACUCGUGUAUGGCCCCAACUAUCGAAGCUAUGCAAGCAAUGUUGCACCAUCUCUUUCACCCCUCCCGAGGCUUGAUACCACUCGACCCGACUUCCAUCGACAAACACCGCCGCAAACCACCUCUGACGUGGCCAAUAAUCACAUGUUCAACCCAGCCCUUCAACGACCCACGCGGUCCGACACACAGCCACAACCUCUGGUGGCAGAAAGAAGUGAACCAAACUUGUCAGACUUUAUCGCAAGACCGCCUCCUACCAAUGUCACCAUGCCGACCACACGCUCUCCAUACUUCCGAGCACCUCCAGUUGAACAAAUGGCAUCUGCCACCACAGCUGUGAAGGAGUGCAUCCACACCCUGCGAUCGAUGGGCUACGGAAAUGACGCUCAUGAACUGGCACGCCUGAAUGUCUAUGCGGGAGCCGCCGCUGGAAACAUCGAGGACGCCAUUGAGAUGAUCGAAGAGGAUCGUGAGGCCGUCAAGGAGCUAGACGACAGCAAAAACCUGGAGCAGAUCAGGGACAUGGAGGUAUGA